AUGAGUAACAAAUACCCGAAUCUGCAGGAUUAGGUUAGGGGAAACGAGUAAUAGGUUAAUUAAGAUGAUGAAUAUGAAAAUAUAGAUUAUGUUGAGGACGAUGAAAAUGACAAUAUUUAAGAUAGAAACAAUGAAUAAUAUGGCCAAAAUAUGAGAAACAGUAAGUAUAAUCAAGAUGUUCAAGAAUUACCAGCUAUAGAUAUAAAUAUGCUAAAUAAUUAUUUUAAACCUGAUCCGUAUUUAGAGGGGUUGGUUGUUGAUAUUGUAGAUUAUUCAAGCAAAACUGAUUGGGGCAUUGUUGAACAUGUUUUGUAUCAAAUAAAGUCUUACAAAAAGGGAAAAGAGUCAGAUUUUAUUAUAGUAUAAAGGAGAUAUAGCGAUUUUGAAUGGUUAGUCAAAGAGUUUGAAUAGAAAUAUAUUGGAAUUAUUCUUCCUCCUUUGCCUGAAAAGAAUGUUCUUUCAAAGAUUAAUUUUCAAAAAGUCGAUUUAAUCAAAAGACCUGAAUUUUUGUAGGACAGACUUACUUGCUUGAAGGCUUUCUUAAAAAAAGUAUUAGACCACCCUAAACUUUCAAAAACAAAAGAAUUUAAAUCAUUUAUUAGGGAUAGUGAUAAUGAUUUUUCAAAGUUCAAGGAGAAGUCCUUCACCCAGAGACAAAGUGCUAAUGAACCUAUUGGAAGUGGAAUGAUAAAAAAAUUUUACAAUUCUGUUUCCACAGGCCUGACAACAGCAGUAGAUUAUAUUUCCGGCACAAGAUAAAAGAAGGAAAGAUAAAAAACUAAAGAAGAUGAAAAAUUUGAAAACUAUGAGAGAUAUUAUUAAAGUUAAAAAGAAAAAAUAUCAGAAACUACAAGAUGCUUACAUCAUAUCUUUGAGUUCAAAAAGAAGCAAGCAGAAAACAUGACAUAAUUCUCUGCUAUUCUAGAUUAAUUAAAGAGUUAGAAAGGAGUUUCUGAAUUGAAAGAUACUACUUAUAAGGCUUCAGAGUAACAGGCUAAAAAUUCAAACGAUUUAAUUUCUAGUAUCGAAGGACCACUUAAGGAAUAAAUCAAACACUUUGACUCUUGUCUUGGAAUUUUGAAUCAUAGAAAGGAGCUCUUGUUAAAAAUAUUUGAAAAUUAAGUAAAAAUAGAAUACCUAUUAAGACAGGCUGGAAAACAAGAUGAAAUAGAUAAUUUAAGAGAUGAAGUUGAAAAUGAUGAAAGGAGAUUGGCAACACUUUAAUACUUUUUUUAAGAAGAUAAUGACUACUUUAAAAACAUGAUAUAGUAAUAAAUUAAAGAAAUUUUACAAUCUUUUUCGGGUAAAUCUAUAGAGCAUUCUUAACAUAUGGCUAGAAUCUGGUAAAACUCUAACUGA